AGUCAGAUUUAUUUAACUAAAAAAUAUACAAAUUCUCUUACAAAAAUUAUCAAAAUGAACUCAUAAAAUUGUUCAAGGAAUCAAACCAACACAUUCUAAUUUCUAUCAAAUGGAUUGUUAUAUUUGUAUACAGAAUUUUAUAUGAACACAAAAUUGGUCCAAUAUUAAUCUUGCCAUUAAAAAAGAAAAAAUUUUAAUUUCAGUAUUAGGGCUUUUUUUUUUAUAUAAGAAAUCAGAAGAUGGCCCAAGAAUCUGCACCUGGAUAAUCGCAGGCAAUGGCUACCGUAUUAUUUUUGUGCUUACCUUAUCCACAAAAUCCCAGCAGAAAAGUUGAGACACAAAAGACUUUCUACCCCGAACAAAUAAGAGUAAUGAAUCGCACAAGCACAACCAAGAAGAAAACUCUUCCGUAGUGAUGUUACCAAACCCCAAAAUCCUUCAAUCUUCCCCACAACUUCACCACCCGACAUGCCCGCUGCCACCACUGCUGCCUCCACAGCUUGAAAACACAACCACAUCUCAAUCUCUCCGGACGCAACGUAAGUUAUCACGUCGAGAGCUCACAAUUUCAAGUAAAUCUUCAUUGCUUCUACUGGUUGCUGCUCAAGCCCUUGAGCCAUUGAACAAAUUCAAUGCAAAGGCAGAAGAAAAUUUACCCGCAGAUAAAAGCAAGGAAGAGACAAGGAGUACUUCUGUUCCUAUGUGCACUGACAAGGUACCUACCAAGAAAGCAUUCCUUGACAUAUCGAUUGACGGAGAACCUGCUGGUCGUAUAAUCAUCGGGCUCUACGAAAAUGAAACACCAGCAGGAGCUGCUAGGUUUAGUAAUCUUGUUAGUGGAGCUGCCGGUAUUAGCUACAGAAGGAAAGAGUUUGUCAAGAUUAUGCCAAACUAUGUGCAACAUGGAGGGGUGAGAUCAUAUGGUGUGGAUGCUGAGCUUGCCAGGAGAACAGACAAUAACUUGGUGGUUAAAGGCUUGGUGGAUGAAUGGGAAAAAACGAAUAAGUGUCCAGGAACCAAGAACCUGGCUGGGAGCUUAAGCAUGAUCGUGAGGGAUCCUUCAAGACCUCCUCCGAAGUUGAAGCUGGUUGCACGUGAAGGGAAGCUAGAGAUUGACCAAGAAGAGGUCGGGAUAGGUCCAAAUGGGACAGAGUUUGUGAUUACCACCAAGGACUCGCCAGAGCUGGAUGCUUCGGCUUUGGUGAUUGGAAGAGUCUUGGAAGGAAUGGAGGUUGCAGUGAGAUUAGGACAGGUGAAAACCGUGCAAGAAAACACUAGUUCUCCUUAUUUCCGGGUGGCCAAGCUAAUAGGAGAUAAAAGAGCAGUUGUUGCUGAGAGAGGGUUCAACCGACCUUAUUCAAAGGUAGUUGUCACAAAUUGCGGCAUCGUGGAUUAACACCAUCCUGUAUUUGCAGCUCCUUUGAUUUUUGAACA